AGCUUCCUUAUUCUUAUUUCCAUCCUCAUGCUGUCAGGUGGUCGCAUUGGACCGAGAACAUUUACAACCUGCUCUAGAAAAACAACCUUUUCGCCCUGGUCAACCGUCAACCUCAUAAACCAUCCUCUGUAUUAAAAAUGCGUCAUCUACCCUAGACCCAUUUAAAAGCGUAUGGGAUACUUCAUAGGUUGCGUUGGCUAUCCAUCAGGGACGCCGUCGCGAUUGCGAAAACACUGCGAGGCGCGUCUGAAGGCGAUUACCAUCUUCACGAACCCCGCUGUCGCCUCACACCUAUUUUCCGCCUCUUAGAAUCUCGACCUUUUCGCGCAAUUUUCCAUUAUUUACCUAAUCUGCUGGAAUUUGGCCUAAAUCUCAAGUAAUAGCAAAAAUGCCGACAGCACUACAUCCCCAAGCCAAAUUCGAUCCGAUCCCUCCAGAUCUCGACCUUCAUUCUCUUGUAGAUCGCACGCCGAACUUUGACUGGGUUGUACGGAUUUCCACCGCGCAGAUCAGGCGCCUUGGCCCAUCUGGUUUCGAGAAGCUGGUGCAACUUCAUGUUAUCGAGGGCGGUCGGCCUUUGGUUAUAGAAGGAUGGAAUAAAGUCUUACCAAAUGAUUUGUUCAGUGCCACUUGGUUGGAGAAGACUUACGACAAGAAACAGGAAAAUGUUCGCGAUAUAACAGCGCAAUCCGAUAUUCCCAUGACCACUGGCCACUACUUGCGAUCGAUGCGACAGUUGACCAACCAAUGGACCCCUACUAAUUUCCGCGACGAACGGCGCCAGCGCCUUUACCUAAAAGAUAUAGACUGUCCUCGAGAAUGGUACGACCAUCUGAAGAAGGUUAUCCCUCCAAACGUUUUUUACAUGAACGAGAAUAUCAGCGAGAAUCCAGGAGCAGACACUCGAAAUGAUGAUAUUUUUGGCGCGCCGGAAAAAACCCCUGCCACGGCAGGGGAUCUCAUGAGUAGCUUACCUGAGGAGAUGCGUGCGCAAAACUUGAUGUGCUAUAUUGGCCACGAAGGAACGUAUACACCUGCGCAUCGAGAGAUGUGCGCGAGCUUGGGCCAGAAUAUCAUGGUUGAAGCAUCAGGAGACGAGAAUGGAGAGAAACCGGGUAGCUCGAUUUGGUUCAUGACCGAAACCAAGGAUCGUGAGGUAGUUCGAGAGUACUUCCUUUCUAUGCUAGGCCACGACAUUGAGAUCGAGAAACAUUUCGCACAGGUCAACGCUUGGAAGAAAGCCAAUUUUCCCGUCUACGUGGUCGAGCAAAAGGCUGGUGACUUCAUCCUUAUACCUCCUUUAGCUCCCCACCAAGUCUGGAACCGCGGGACACGUACUAUGAAAGUUGCAUGGAAUAGGACAACGGUCGAAACUCUUGACCUAGCUCUUCACGAGGCUUUGCCUAAAGCGCGACUGGUUUGCCGAGACGAGCAAUAUAAAAAUAAGGCCAUCAUAUAUUAUACCUUGGAGAAGUACUAUAGGGAACUCCAAGCCCACGAAGAUAAUCCUGAAGUUGGUUUGUUAGGUCUUGACCAAGAACUAAUCCAAAACUCCUCGCGAAUCAAACAGAUGGCCAAUGACUUCAAACGGUUGUUUGGCUUGUUCACCGAGAUCCUUAUUGACGAGAUGUUCGGUUACAAACAGCCAGACGUUGAAUAUAUCCCCUUCGAUUCGAAUAUCACAUGUUCAUAUUGCCGGUCCAAUAUUUUCAACCGCUUUCUAACUUGCAAGUGCUGCGUACGGACGCUAAUCAACGGCGACGAAGAUACAUACGAUGUUUGCAUGGAAUGCUAUGUUAUGGGCCGUUCGUGUGUCUGUAUAUCAGGCCUUCAAUGGUGCGAACAGUGGAAAUGGUUCGAGCUUAUCGAAAAGCAUGAGGCUUGGCGGUCUAUGGUUAUUCAACAAGAUGGAUUUGUCGACAUCGAUUUGUCUCCUCAACCUAUCGAAGUUGCGCGGAAAAAGACAGGGAAAAAGUCGGUGGCCCAGAUAUGUCAAGAACAGCUUCGAAGGCGACCUUGGAAUGAUAUCACAAAACCACAUCAACCUGAAGCAGAAGAAUCUGAUGAACCUGAAGUUGACGAUGAAGGCCGCAUCAAGAAGAAGCCGAAACCAAAACGCAAGGCUAAGAAAGGCGACGUCUACCGCUGCCAUGUCUGUUGCCAUAAAGAUUACACAUACAAACUGAACUUUUGCACGACGUGUCAAAGCGCAUAUUGUUACGGUGUCUUGUGGCGAGCUUUCGAUACGAUGCCCCAGAUGGCAAUGGAGCAGGAACAUUGGCGAUGUCCUAAAUGCCUGAAUAUUUGCAACUGCGGGUCGUGUAGACAGAGUGGUAACUCACACCCAUAUGUCCCAAAGAACACCCUUCUUGGGCAUGAUACACGUCCAAUAGCGGAUGACCGCAGUGUUGAAUCAAUUGUCGACUUUAGGCAACAUAACCUUGGUUGGCUAAAGGCUACUGGCGAUGAAAAUCGGGGUAGGGAUACGAAGCGGAUGCAACGUCUGAAGCAGCAGGCAGAUGCCGAAAAGGCCAGAGAUCCAUUAGCUUCUUUGAGCGGUGCAGAUGAUGCUCCACACGAGAUGGAUUCGGCCCUCCAAGAUUCAAUCAUGAACGGUUACGGAGACCAAAGCCAUCUCCUAGAUCAUGCUGAGACGACCAGCUCUGGUCAUCAGAACGGCCAAGCAUCCGCUGCUGACAUGUCAAAUCGCGAACACGCGGACGAGGUUGAUCAUGGGGACAUGUCUGCUAUACAAAAUGGAGAAGGCGAUUCUGUUCUUCAGGAUCAGUCGCAGUACCCCGACCCCUCUGUGAUUGGGCGUGGACGAAUGAUGGGAAUGGGAUUUUACGACCAAGAUGAAAGUGCAGAUAGAAUCUUGUUUGACCCGUUCCAGAUGCCAUCUGCUGAUGCCCUAGGUAAUGAGCCGGAAGUGUCCGAAUACGUUAAAAAGACCCUACGGCUUGCGAAGAGAAAGGCAAGACUUGAGCUGGACGAUGACCCCGAUUUUAGAGGCCCUAGGAGUCAACCGCGGAAAAAGCCCAAGACCGGAAAUAUUGAUCAGCUCGUCAACUUGGAUCCCGCGUUACUUGGCGCCCUUGGUAAUGGCACAUCUACACCAUCUGGGUCAGCUGCCCCAAUUGACUCCAAUGAACAACCGAGGGACGCCAUUACAGAGACGCAACCAGAAGAAGCUCCUGAGCCAAUUGCUCAGCCAAAGAAAGCGAGACCAUCUCUCCGUAUUGAUCCCCUACGACCUACAUUGCGACAUGCUAAGCCAAGAGCAUCGUAUGUGGAAGCCGAAGAGCCUGCAGAAGACCCGGAUGAUACUGUCAUCAUUAAACCCUUGAGGAUUUUAGGAUCAGAGGGCGAAGAUAACGCGAUAGAGGAUGUAGAUCCUGUAGAUUUAGCAGCCGAUGCAAUUCGCGCUCUGACGCAACUUCCCAGUGGCGAAGAGAAGUCACGUAUUGCUCAAAGUACACCGCAGCCCGGGGCUAAAAGACGUGGGCGACCACCCCGAAACUCUCUUGGAACGAGUGCUACUCCGUCUAUCGCGAAGAAGCGUGGCCGCCCACCAGGACGGCCGAAGAAAUCGCUAUCUAAUGAUGCUGAGAAUGAUGAGGACAGUGUCACAGUUGAUGCCGAUGAUCCAGACAGCUCUCAGAAUGAGAAUGAUGUCACCGUGGAUGAGCUUGAAGCCCAAUUGGCGCGAGAAUUAGAUGACACGAAUGAGAGCAGAGAACGGUCACAAUCUACCCCGGUCCGCGGAGGCUCUGUAAGGAGAAGAGGUCGGCCUCCGGGACGACGAGUAACGCAAUCGCCCGCCACAGCCAAACCAGACAACGUAGAUCCGCCUCCAGAUAUCCGUUUCAUGUCUAUGAGAGAACGAGCGGCUCUAAGAGGCAAAAGAAUUAGGAUUAGUUCGCGUAGGACGAGAGAUGGUGCAACGGGCAGUCCUGCAGCAGCUUCGGCUCAAGGAACUUCAACACCUUCAACUACACAAAAGAAACCAAUACCGGAUACCGAGAAGAUGGAGGAAACUAGCAGACCGAGCUCUAAACAUGGUCGUAAGGAACUGGUUGACGAUGAUUUCGAACCCGCCGACGAGGAAGCUGAAUCUUCUUCCUCGUCUAGCUUCGGAUCAGAAUAUCAAGUUCCAGAACAACGCCAACCAGCCAGGAAACUGGGGACUCCAACCGUUGUUAGGCUGUCAUUUUCGGAUGACAGUAACGAUAGCGAUUCGUCUUCAAGCAAUGACAUCGAGCCGGUUAGAAAGUCUUUCGCUAGCGCACGUGGCCGAGGAAGAGGGAGGUGGAGAGGCAGUGUCAGCGGCCGGGGCCGAGGCCGAGGCCGUAUGUAAUGGAUUCAAAAAUUAAUGAAAUUAAUAUCUAUCUUGUAGAGUAACUUAAAUCGUCGGUAACUCAUCUAUGGUGGAGAAGGUUUAGUAUGUCAACCAACCAUUGCGUAUAGUAUGUUGCUACCACGUGUAAAGCAAUUUCCUCCCCCUCCCCCCUUCUUAGGGGCUGAUACUAACUCGAGUAUAAUGCUGUACCUAAUUUAGCUAGCUUAGGUACCUAGGUGCCUGGUAUCCUACUUUCACAAAAGGUAUGCAAAUAGCUUGUCUGCAGCUACCUAGUCUACUUUCGAGAUUAUUUUUUCUUGCAGGUAAUGGCUUGGAGAUAUGAUAUACCACGAGGAUUGUCCAACAACUUUAUCUACGAAGUCCAGAAGGAUUACUUUUCUAAGCUAUAAAUUUGCUAAAGGAUUUUUAAUAUCCUCAGUUACGGCAAGGAAGUGUUCUUUUAUAGGGGUACUACUUACGAGUUGAAUUAAGCGCUGCCGUUAGUGACUCAGAAUUCACUACUGACUCAGA